AUGGUCAAGCGUUUGAUCGCCGUCCACGUUGCUUUUGAUGCCAGACGUCUGAGAGGCUUUGUCAGAUGGUGGACCAAAAAAGCUAAGGCUUGGGACAGCGUCAUCUCGUCGCCGUACCUGCUUUGCACAGCACCCACUCCAAGUAGUAGUGGCAUACCCGUCAUCACGCCCAUGCCUGCCCAUGACGACAGCAUGGCUUCCACGACACGCUUGCACUCACACCCACCCACUUGGGCAUGCCAAGACAAAGUGGGCGCUGGCCUUGGAUGUCGUCAUGGGAAAGGCGCCAUAGCGCUGUUGCUAGCUGGGGGGCUGCUAGCGGCAUCUGAUUGGCGCACCGCACAAUUUGUACCUGGCGACAGCAGCACCGCAUGCAAGAUGAUGUCGAGGCGGCCAAGUGCGCAUUGCGUGCCGCUCGACCGUCGCCAGCCAAGUCAUGCCGGAACUCUGUCGUAUAUCUGGCUUGGGUUGGCGCAGCAGUCGGGUAGUACUCGACUGGACAGCAACGGGCGCGAUGCGGUGGUGGUGAGCAAAGUCGUCGCCGCAUUCAUUGCCUUUGCAAGUGACGAGGGGAGUGGCAAAGGAGCCAAGACGAUGCAUACGGGGAACUGCCAUCUCACCGCCCACUAG